AUGGGUGAAAAGGCGGUGUGGGAUAAUGCCACUUUGAAGCACUUCAUUGAUAUCUGCAAGGAGGAGCUUACUCUUGGGAAUAGACCAAAUGGUUGUUUCACUAGAACUGGUUGGAAGAACCUUGAGGAUAAACUUCUUGCAAGAGCCGGGUUGAAACUAGUGAGGUCACAAUUGAAGAACAAAUUGGACAACAUGAAAAAAGAUUACACCGUGUUCAUAGAACUGAAAAAUGCUGCCACUGGGCUUGGAUGGGAUGACGCGAAUCAAACUGUUGAGUGCUCUAGCACGUGGUGGGAUGAACAUCUUGCGCGAUGCAACAACCCAGAGAGAGGUAUCAAGUGUGUCCAUGUCAAGUUUCGAAAGAGGGGGCCGAAGUAUCUUGAUGAUUUACAUCUGCUGUUUGAGAAGGUGCAUGUCACCGGUGCUUCCGCAUCAUGUCCGGGAGAUAUUCCUUCAAGUGACUCGAGUGAUGAGGAACCAGUGGAGAUUACUCCUGUAACAUUCCAUAUGGAUGCGAAUAUGGAAGAGCUGGCUAGAAAAGGGCAGCAGUCUCUUCUUUCACUAAAUGAGUUAUCUCAACAUGCUGCGAUUCUUGGAAAUCUGGCUGAUCUUUACAAUGACCGUCAGUUGCGUGAUAAGGAGUUUGAGAGGUGUGACGUAGAUGAGGAGUAUAUGCCACGAGCAUCAAAUGUUGAGGAACAAACUCAAGAUGAUGGUCGUGAGAUAGAGGGAGAGAAUGAAGUUACUAUGAACACAAUUCGUGAUAGGAUAGCUGCUUCAAUAGAAAAUGCAAGGGGAAUAUGA